AUGGCAAGUGCAACCGGAGGAAUGGAUGUCGACGGCAUUAUCAGCCCCGAAGAGUCUGUAUCGGGUAUGCUGAGAGUUAUUGAAACCAAAGAUAUGCGGCACACUGCUACCUUUUGGACUUGGGAGGGGAAAAAUGUACCACGCAAUUAUGGCCCGGAACUCACCCAUGAGCAAGUUGCCAGACAGAACACCAAAUACUACCCCAACAUGAUGCCCCCAAAGGGGACAUUCUUGCACUGGUUUCUCACCAAUACAUGGAUACACUUGUGGAUCACCUUGGGAACUCUUACACUGCUCGCUUCGUUCACUAUGUGGGAAAAUUGGAAGCGCUCAACAACCUUCAAGAAUGGGCUUCCCACACGAGGCCAGGUACUACUGCACCCGCUCGACAGUUUUUAUCAAUUCAUCUUUGCAUGGCGGGCGUCGGCCGAUGAGCAGAGUAUGCCAUCCUACACAAAGAACCAACGUGGGGUAGACGACGUACAGAAAAGAGCUAGCUAUCGUAAGGCACAUGGAGGUGACCCGGAUGAUCAAGGAGUGGAGUAUUGGCCACCUUUCGAGAAAAAGUAUGGCCACUGUGUCAUCGAUGAGAGGAGUGGGAGGCUGGUAGAUGCAAGCACGCUGCCGAACAAUGGUGUUAGGCCUCAACCAAAGAAAUGGUUUGGGAUUUGGUGA